AUGCAGCAGCACUACGAGGGCUACCGCUCGCCACCACCAGGCAUGCCCCCGCCUCCGUCAGUCAGCUCGCCAGCCCACUCCUCCUCAUCAACCGCACCCUCCUAUCCUGCGGUGAGGCCUCUCCCGCAGCAUCCGCCUUUGAACGCCUCCGCUCGCCCUUCAUCGUCUUCCUCGUUCAUGCAACCGCCGUACCCCGGCCAGUUCAGCCCGCAGUCGCCGCCGACCAGCGUUUUCUCGCGCAGGGAUGGGUCGAUCGAGUAUCUGCCACCUCAGCAUGAGCAGCGCUACGCCUCGACCGCUUCGUCGCACCACAACGCACCUUCACCACCUCCUCAAUCCGCACACUCUCCUCACCCUCACGACGCCUACUCCAGUCCAUCUUUCUCAUCCUUCUCUCCCCGCCCACGCUCGCCGCUGCCGCAGGGAACGAUCAUCACCGCGACAGCCGACCUUGAAUCGCUCGUCGUCGUGCCCCUGAGCUCCCUUCCUUCCGUCGAAGCGAUAAAGGACGUCAUCAUGUCCCGCCUGCACAUCGCCGACGAAGACAUGCCUCGGCAAGCAUUCUACCUGACGCAAAUUGGCGCGGGAGAAGGACGGCGAGUCGGUGACGACGAGUUGUGGGAAGCGGUGCGCGCAAGCGCAAAGGGCCGAGGCGGUCAGGUCACCGUCUUUGUCAAAGAAGUCGCGCCGCGUCGAACGAGGUCACGCAGCGGCUCACAUGCGGAGGACGUCCGGAGCGCGGCAGAGUAUGCAGGUGGAGCCCGGCGCGAGCGAGACAGUACUGGCGGAGGAUCAUCACCCGUCUCGGCGGCAAGCCUGCACCGGCAAAAAAGCCCAAGCACAUCGUCGGGCACGUCGGCGGAGCGGAACGAGGCGAUGAGCAGGCCAGAGUACGGCCGAAGCCAGCGCUCGCCAAGCCAGGUCAUGGACGAGUUCGGAGGGAUGCCCAGUCCCGGGUUGAACGGCGAGAGGCCUGGCUGGACGGCUUCGACGUGGAGUCACUCGACUCGACAGGUCUCGACUUCUAGCGAAAGUUCAGCACGUCUGGUCGCUUCGCCGCAGUCGGGUAUCUCGCUGAGCCCGCCCGUUGGGCGGUCCGAGCCAGGCCCACGGGCUCGCAGCGGCAGCACGACGAAGACGUCGCCCGAGGACUACUUUCACCUCUCUCCGCGGCUUUCGUCCGGCCCCACCGCGUCACCUUCGCCGCUGUCGACGCCGCACUUCUCGCCGAACCCUUCCUCCGCCUACCAACCGUACUUCCCUUCCUCGCCUCAACCGCUACAGCACCCACAAGAGGCGCGAUCGCAGACAGUCCCGACAGUCCAAGUGACUUCGACGUCGUGGAUGCACAGCACAUCGGCGCCUGCUCCGGUAUCUCAGGCGUCCAUGGCCGCCGCUCGCCCCGUCGUCUCGCCUCUCCCGCCUCGCCCGCUUCCCCCGACCGAUCCUCGCGCGAGUCUCCCUCAGUACGGCAGUCAGCCCUACAAGAACCUCCCUCUCCCGUCAUCCCAAUCGCCGUACCACAAUCUUUCGCUGCAAGGCCAAUUCUCGCAGGUCGUCCACCUCUCUCAACCUCAGCGACCCGUUCCUCCGGUUAACCCGAAUCUUCCGCCUCGCGCUGCGACGCUCGCGGCGCCACCUCAGGCGCAGCGAAUGGUCUCGAAGAGCGCCGACAAUCUGCGCGGAACUUUCGCAAGUCCGCCGCCGAUCGCCUCGCCUCCCUACCCCGGCUCAGGCUUCCGGCCUCCGCCUGGUCCGACUGGACAUCCCGGUGCAGCAGGCUCGCAGCCCGUCCGCCCUCCGUACUCGCAAGUCGCUUCGCUCCACUCGUCGAGUAUGUCCCCGCCUCCUGCCUCUCCAAACCCGAAUCUCGCUUCGGCUUUCUACUCGGCGCCGGUGCAAGCACGGCAUCAAGCCGCCGCCAGGGCUUCGCCGUAUGCAUCGCCUGCUCCUCCGGUCGUCCCGCCGCGUCCACACGUCGACCAAACCCGAAGUCAGCCUGCGGGCGUCGGGGCUGGAGGUCAACGGCCAGCGACGAUGUACGACCUCGCGACAGGCGUGUCCGACCUGCGAGUUGGUGAAUCGGCGCACCGCCGACGGAGCGAGACGAGCGAGUAUGAGGUCCAGAGCGGGUCGUCAACUCGCCGGUUAUCUUCCGAGGGAAGUGCCGCAUCGCCUCCCAGGCGAGACCUACCUCUCAGCCUGCAGGCCGGCGUUCGCCAGGACUCGGUCAUGUCGCCGACGAGCCGACCCAGCACGAGUUCCGUACCGGCGGUCCAGCAGACGUCGCCUCGCUCGGCCAGGUGGCCGUCGCCAGUUCCUUCGGCUCCGCCCUUCCAAGACGACGACGGCGCGUACGACGGCAUCGCCGAUGCCGAUCGGCGACCUGUUCGAACAGAGGCGAUGGGCAGCGCGAUCAGCCGCGACACGAGCUCGGCGUCGUCGGCUCGCAGCUCGACGACUGGGCCGUUCACCCCGGCAAGCGAUGCUCCGCCGGCUUCCGUCUCGACGCCGUCGAAGCCGAAACUCGUCGACGAGUUCGGCGAUCCGCUCGACGAGGAGACGAGCACUUGGUUCCCCGUCAACCAGCCUGCACUCGUCAAACCCGCUGAAGCGACGUUGGCUCAUCCGCCUCCGUCGGCACCGCCCACCCAGACGACCACCGCCGUUCCCGCGCCUUCGUCGUAUGGGUCUUCUUCACCGAUGCGUCGUCAGAACAGCGCGCCGGGAUCUGCCACGAGCGCGUCAGGUAGCGUCACGGGCGGCGGCGAUAAGCGCGACUCGGUUCCCGACGCGCAAGACUGGACACAAACCAUUCUCUCUCGCUUUGGCGCAUCUGCUACCACAAGCACGGAAAACGGCACGCUCGUGCCGGCUGGCGAGACUGGGACUCUGCGCCCUCCGCCAUCCUCGGCUGCCGCUCCUCAGCCUCCGAAGCUGCUUGACGAGUUUGGCGACGAGCUCGAAGACUCGUCGACCUUCUUCCCCGGUCACGGUCCAUCCUCGACGCCGGUUCCGCCUUCGUCCUCCUCGACUAGCACGACACUCAGCAGGAACUCCUCACUCACCAACCGUCCCAGUCUGCGGCUUCAGAUCGACCGUCGCGCUCCUACCGCCGUCUCGCCACAGCCCGUCCCGCCUCCGCCACCCGCUUCCAAACCGAGCGACCCCAGUCCGCCGCCGUCUAGCAGUCGCCCAAGCGAGCCUCCAAGCGCAGGUCGUCGGUCAGAAGGCUCGAGCGGUGGAGGCGGCUUCGGACGACGCUUCCAGCAUCCUCGCCUCGACGAGAUCGUUUGCCUGCCGACCUCCCCUUUUGCUCGUCGCAACUCGUUUGCGGCGCGGGAGCAGGACGAGAAGGAUUGGGCGUUCCGUCCGCCUGUCGAGACCGUUCUCGAGAACCUCGACGUCUUCUUCCCCGAGCACGAUCUUGACAAGCCAGUGUUCGACCUGCCGACGUCCGGACCCUCGACGCCUUCGACCAAUGCGUCGAGUCCUGUCCGCGAACAAGCGGGCCCACCUCCGUCAGCAAACUCGUCUGGCUCUCGUCGCGGCGGUGCGGCAGCGCUGGGUUACCGCAAGUCGAUUCGCGUCGUCGCGCAAGACCGCAAGCGCAUGCUGCAGAAGGCGGGCAGGAACGUCGCAAGCGCCGCUUCAGGCCUCGCUUCGAACUUGCUUCGCCGGAAGAGCACCAAGCUGUUCGGCGCGAGGAUCGAGGAGGUCACGUCCGCUCAGAUGAAGCAGAUCAGCAACAUCAAGGAGAUCUCCGACGAGGAUCCCGAGAAUUUCUCGUACAAGUGGAUCAAGGGCGACUUGAUCGGCCGCGGCACGUACGGCCACGUCUACAUCGCGCUCAGCGUCACAACAGGCGAGACGAUCGCCGUCAAGCAAGUCGAGAUGCCGCGAACGUACUCGGACAAGGAGGACCAGCGGACGAAGGGCAUGAUCUCGUCGCUCAAGGCGGAGAUCGAGCUUCUCAAGGAUCUCGACCACCCGAACAUCGUGCUGUACCUCGGCAUGGAGCAAACGCCCGAAUUCCUCUCUAUCUUCCUCGAAUACGUUCCCGGUGGCUCGAUCGGCCGCAUCAUCCGCACGCACGGCAAGUUCGAGGAGGACGUGAUCAAGUUCUUCACGCUGCAGAUCCUCGAUGGGCUCGAGUACCUACACGGACUCGGCAUCCUUCACCGCGACAUGAAGGCCGACAAUAUCCUCAUCGACCAGGACGGCAUGUGCAAGAUUUCCGACUUCGGCACGUCGAAAAAGAGCGGCGACAUCUAUCAGAACAACGAGAAUAUGUCAAUGCAGGGCUCGAUCUUCUGGAUGGCGCCCGAAGUCAUCCACAACAACAAGCAGGGCUACUCGGCCAAAGCGGACAUCUGGAGUCUCGGCUGCAUCUGCAUCGAGAUGCUCGCGGGCUCGAGGCCGUGGGAGGGCGAGGGCUUCAUGGGAGCGAUGUUCAAGCUCGGUGCCGAACGCAUGCGCCCGCCUCUUCCGCCCGACGUCAACCUGUCCGAAUACGCCGACCAAUUCGUCAGCGACUGCCUCCAGAUCGAGCCGGAGCGCCGUCCGAAAGCCUCCGAGGCGAAACACCACCCUUUCCUCACGACCCUCGACCCGCACUGGUCUUUCACGCAGAGCUCGUUGUAUCAAAUCAUGACGGCGGAAGAAGAGCGUCGCCGCGCCCCGAACACUCCCUCCGCCUCUUGA